AUGAAGGAGAUGAAGAAACUGGAACUGGGAGGGAUUCGUUUCUUCAAGUGGAACCAAAUACUCUGCCAUGAUUUAAACUUCAUACCGAGCAUUCUGGUUUUCCACGUUCAUAGCUCCUUCGGAAAUUUCGAUCCCUUUCAUGCUUGGGAAAUCUACAUCAAAGAUGCCGUUGAAUUCUUCACGGACUUAGAAUUUGCAAAAGAGUGUCUCAAUCUCACAACCAAAGAUUCUGGCUUGUUCAAUGAUGAAACCAUAACUGGCUUCAUAGAUAAAGUCUUAACUUCUCUCUUUGCUUGCUUCAAGUUCGACUCAAAUUCUUUUCCCAACAAGGGAAACCAAGUUCCUGUUAUUGUAAUAGAAUUGUGUUCGAGCGAGGCAGAACCAGAUAAUCAAGUUCUUUUUAUUGACGAGCCAUUUUAUUUUGCAAAACUUGUAGAUAUUUGUUCGGUAUUGAUUGAUUUCUUACGCGAUAAUGAGAUCAAUUCGUCAAAAGAGAAUAAUAAAGAGAAUAAAUUCGGGUUUACUCAUAUUCAACCAAUGUUAAAGGAAAAGGUACUAAGUGAUGUUAACUAUGAAGAGGAUAAUAUAUGUUCAAUAUGUUUUGAGAUGUAUAAAAGUGGAGAUGUGAUUGUUCUUACACCUUGCUCGCACAAAUUUCAUCGUGAUUGUGUUUUCAAGUGGAUGAUAAUAGGGGAUUGUUGCCCCUUGUGUAGGUUAGAUUGCAAGAGAAAAGUUGAUUUUUAG